GUUUUCCUAGAAGAAUGAUCCCUUCACUGCUGAUUUUUCGGGGAAGCCUGGCAGUAGAAAAGGUGUGAGCUGCGCAUGCUCACAUCCUCUAAAGAUGGCGGCCCCCGUGGACCUGGAGUUGAAGAAGGCUUUUGCUGAAUUGCAGACUAAGGUGCUUGAUACGCAACAGAAGGUGAAACUUGCAGAUUUGCAGAUUGAACAAUUAAAUAGGACCAAGAAACAUGCACAUUUAACAGAUGGAGAGAUAUCUGCAAUGCCCGAAGAAGCACGCAUGUAUGAAGGUGUUGGUAGAAUGUUUAUUCUUCAGCCAAAAGUUGUAAUUCACAAUCAGCUCCUCGAAAAACAGAAAAUAGCAGAAGAAAAGAUCAAAGAACUUGAGCAACGAAAAUCCUAUUUGGAACGCAGUGUGAAAGAUGCAGAAGACAACAUUAGAGAAAUGCUAAUGGCCAGAAGAGGACAAUAACUGCUGCUGGGAGUUGGGUUUCAAAAUUAAACAGAAGCCACUUUUAUAUUGGUGCUCAUUAGGUUGGAUUCUUGGAGACUGGUGUCCAUGAGCCAGCUCCCAGCAUUAAUCUGAAGUCUGUCAUCCUUCUCCAGUGAUAUACUUGUAGACCCAGUUUUCUUUGUGGGUCUAUGAUCCUGCCGCCAGGUGAAAGCAGUUGCAUCCAGUAGUGUAACUGGCAGCAAGUGACUCUUGGAUAACAAUCUUCUAGAAUCCAACUAAAAUAUAGGUUAAUAUAAAAGCAACUAAAAUGGUACAACUUACCUGUACAACUGAUCAUUUUGCUUCCAAGAGUGCAUUGUUCCUGUGAUCUGUGUAGAACAUGACUGCCUUGAUCUCCAAAUCCUGCUACACUAUUAUUACUAUAUUUUCUUUGUUCAGUUACUUGUUAUCUUCAUCAAAAAAGCAAAACUAUUUUUUUAAUGUGGUAAAUGUAAGCAGCCCCACUUCAUUUUAUGAGAGUUACUUUAACACUGAAUUUUUGGCAGCCUGUGUUGUUUAGAAAGAAGACCUGUGUUUUCUGUGUGUUGGUUUCCUAAAGUAUGUACAAUAGGUAAACUGAUACUGAAACAGGUUUAUAAUAUACCACUGCUUCCAUAAUUCUGGCAUCUGUUUUCGUGUUGGAAUGUAAGAUUAUAUAAAUGUGCAUUUGUGAAUAUGAGAUGUCUUGCUCUGAAACAGUCUCAUUAUUUGUUUUGCAUAUUGAGAAGAAUCUGGUGAGAUGAAAAUAAAACAUAAUAUAAA